AUGACGGCUCAACGUGAGUUUUGCGAUCUUUUUAAUUGCAAGUUUGUACAUGACACGGAAAUGGUGCCUCAGUUAUUUAAACGACCUUACUAUUACCUGUAUGUUACAGUAAUCAUCCAGAUUGUGCAGCAGUUGAAACUCGACCUGACGGCAGCGGCACAAUACGAGGACGUGGCCAUAGCACUAAUCGGGGAUGUGCUAAGCGGAUUGCACCUAAAUGCCGGUCAGGUAGACGAACUGCUUGAAAAAUUAGCAUACUACUUGAAGCUGGGUGAGUAUUCCACAAAGCUGUUAGAAGUUACUGGUUAA